GUGUCUCCCCGGUGCAACUGAGCAGAAGGUGGAGGUGCUGCACCUCCUUCAUUGUCUGAGCGGAGGCACCGGGAGUGGAUCCGCCGCUCGCCUCACUCUAAUCCCGUCUCUCUGCACGGCUCACACGCUCAGUCGUCCGCCAUGGCGACCGCAGAAAGCCUCCUCCUCCUCCUCCUCUCCUGCACCAUCUGAAAAACUCCUCCGGGAUCCUCUAUUCCUCCUCUUCUCUUCUCUGGACGUGGAUGUGACUUCCUCUCGCAGCCUGGACACACAAACGCGUGGAUAUUAAAAGAAAAAAAAACACCGCAGUUCCAGAGAAGCGUGUUGAAGAAUCUCGCAGCCAAGUCCUCCUCUGUCUUCCCCCGGCUCGUGUGCUCCUGAAGGGGAAGUGAUUCAACUUGUUUGAGGAGAUUAGGGAUAAGUCCCGGGAGUAUCUUUGCCCUGUUGUUCCUUGUGAUCCUGUGGAUUUCGAAGGAGUGGAAACAACUAUCACCCUGUGUGUGUGUGUGUGGACACAUCUACAUUGUGCAGUAACAUCUCUGCAGGCUGAGCAGUGCAGUGUACCAUGGUGGAGCCUGACCCAGAACAAAUGGCGUCUGGAGCAGGGCAGCGUCUCGGAGCCCCAGAGACUCUUGGCAUCAGUACGUUGGACCCCGGGCACAGACCUCCGGCCAUGCCCCCCGGACGACAUGUUACCAUCAGGGUCCGUAUGUUGGAUGACACAGAGGAGCUCUUUGACAUCUCGCAAAAAGCCUCAGGCAAAGUGCUGUUUGACCUGGUGUGUUCCCACAUGAACCUCAUCGAGGGCGACUACUUUGGCUUGGAGUUUCAGAACCAUCAAAAGAUGAUGGUUUGGUUGGAUCACAUCAAGCCCAUUAUCAAGCAGCUCAGACGGCCGAAGCACAUGAUCCUGAGGUUUGCCGUGAAGUUCUUCCCUCCAGACCACGCUCAGCUACUGGAGGAGCUGACAAGGUACCUGUUUGCCCUCCAGAUCAAACAGGAUCUUUCCUGUGGACGUCUGACCUGCAACGACAGCAGUGCAGCACUGAUGGUCUCCCACAUUAUCCAGUCUGAGAUUGGGGACUUCGAGGAGAGUCAGUGCCGGUCACACCUCCUCAACAACAACUACAUCCCAGAUCAAAUGCCCCUGAUCGACAAGAUCAUGGAGUUUCACUCAAAGAAUAUAGGUCAAACACCCUCAGAAUCAGACUAUCAGUUACUAGAAGUGGCGCGUCGGCUGGAGAUGUACGGGAUUCGCCUUCACCCUGCCAAGGAUCGCGAGGGCACGGGUUUAAGCUUGGCUGUGGCUCACACCGGCGUCCUGGUCAUUCAGGGACACACAAGGAUCAACGCCUUCAACUGGUCUAAAGUUCGCAAACUGAGCUUCAAGAGGAAACGUUUCCUCAUCAAGCUGAGGCCAGAUUUAAAUAGUUCAUACCAGGACACUCUGGAGUUCCUGAUGGCGAGCAGAGACUGUUGUAAAGUCUUCUGGAAGAUCUGUGUCGAGUACCACGCCUUCUUCCGCCUCUUUGAAGAACCAAAGGCCAAACCCAAGCCUGUGCUCUUCACACGAGGUUCCUCCUUCAGAUUCAGCGGUCGCACACAGAAGCAGGUGAUUGAUCAUGUGAAGGAGUCUGAGUUUAAAAAGAUCCCGUUUGAAAGGAAACACAGUCGGGUCCAAUACAACAGCCGGCUGUCGCCGUUGCCUUCUCCGCGUCACCAUGAAGUGCCAACAGAAAGGGGUGCUCCUCCCAUGGGCAGAGUCGACUCUCCUCCUCAGCGUCACUGGAAAGAGUCGGUGUUGGUGAGCGCAGAAGACGCCUCACGAACAACCAGCCCCUCCCACCAGAGAAACGGCCACGAGGAGAGAACAGGGUCUGUGUCCAGGACAGAGGAGACAAGAGGCUCGACGCGACAGACCCACCAAGAACAUCAGAGUGCAGCUGUGGCAUCCAACAGUCCCCACCUGUCCGCGUCCUCCGCUCACUCCCACGGCAUGGUCAACGGUCAGAAGUCGCUGGAGCUUUGCGGCCACAGCCCCGACGGCCGGCUGCCCUCGCCACUCACCAGUCCGCUGCUCAACGACGCCUGCAGCGUUCGCACAGAUGACGAAGACGAGGUCCGGAGGAAGAGGUUUCCGACAGAUCGGGCCUAUUUCAUCGCCAAGGAGCUGCUGACCACAGAGCGAACAUAUCUGAAGGACCUGGAGGUGAUAACUGUGUCUUUUCAGGGUGCAGUGGGUGAAGACGAGGGGACCCCAGACUCUUUGAAGAGCAUCAUCCACUCCACCUUUGAGCCUCUGCACAAGUUCCACGCAGGUUUCCUCAGGGAGGUGGAGCAGCGGCUGGCGCUGUGGGAAGGACGCUCCAACGCUCACAUUAAAGGAGACUAUCAGCGCAUUGGAGACGUUAUGUUGAAGAAUCUACAAGGUUUGAAGCCGCUGACGGCAAAUCUGCACAAGCAGUCUGAAGUCCUCUUAGAGCUGGAGAGGGCGUGCAGGGCGUCCCGCAAGUUAGAGGGUCUCUGCAGGGACUUUGAGCUGCAGAAGGUCUGUUACGUCCCCCUGAACGUCUUCAUCCUGCGGCCGCUGCAUCGCCUCAUUCACUACAAGCAGAUCCUGGAGCGCCUGUGCAAACAUUACACCGCUACUCACGUGGACUUCAGGGACUGCAGAGCUGCUCUGGCUGAUGUGUCUGAGGUGGUGGAGCAGCUCCAGGGAAGUUUAAUCAAGAUGGAGAACUUCCAGAAGCUUCUGGAGCUGAAGAAGGAUUUGAUCGGCAUUGACAAUCUUGUUGUUCCUGGUCGGGAGUUCAUCAGGUUAGGCUGCCUCAGCAAACUGUCUGGAAAAGGCCUACAGCAACGAAUGUUCUUCCUGUUCAACGACGUCAUUUUGUACACGAGUCGAGGGAUGACGGCGACCAAUCAGUUCAAAGUGCACGGACAGCUGCCGCUACAUGGCAUGACAAUCAGGGAGAGUGAAGACGAGUGGGGCGUUCCUCACGCCUUCACGCUGGUUGGAGAGCGACAGUCGGUGGUGGUGGCAGCAAGUUCAGUGACAGAGAUGGAGAAGUGGAUGGGGGACGUAAAGACGGCGAUAGAAAUGACAAAAACCAGUAACGGGCCUUCGUCUGACCUGGUGACCUGCAGUCUGAUCGACAACAAAUGCCCUGAGGACUCCUCGGCGGAGGUGGAGUCCGAGGACGACAUGACCGCCCUGCCGCACUCCGCGCCGGAGAGGCCCGCCCCUCACCGUGGUAACACCAUGGUGCACGUGUGCUGGCACAGGAACACCAGUGUGUCCAUGGUGGACUUUAGCGUAGCUGUGGAGAAUCAACUGUCUGGAAAUUUACUUCGAAAGUUCAAGAACAGUAACGGUUGGCAGAAGCUCUGGGUGGUCUUCACCAACUUCAGCCUGUUUUUCUAUAAGUCUCACCAGGAUGAUUAUCCGCUGGCCAGCCUUCCUCUGCUGGGUUACUCUGUCACCGUCCCCUCAGACUCUGAAAACAUUCACAAGGACUACGUCUUCAAAUUGCAUUUCAAGUCCCACGUCUAUUACUUCCGAACGGAGAGUGAAUAUACUUUUGAAAGGUGGAUGGAGGUCAUCCGCAGCGCCACGGUCCCCUCCAGCCGCGCCCGCGUCCUGAACAACAAAGAGUCUCAUCCUCACUGAGUCGACUUGCUUCCACACACUUGUCUCCUUCGGGUGGCGUCCGCUCUUCCUGCCCCGCCUCCCUCCAGGACUCUUUUCUUUCUUGUCUACAUACAGUAUAUCUGGGACAUUUGUACACGUGUCCAUGCACAUUUGGUGCUUUUUAAUGCUUUAAUGGUGACAUGUCCGCUGGUUUAGACUGCAUCAGAGACUGCAUUUUUUGGCAUUUUUACUCUCAACUCUGAAACCUCUUUUUACGGAUGUCAUUUUAUACUGUUUUCUAAUGGUCUCAACCACUUCUUAUCUUUCUGGUUUGACAUUUUUGCCAUUGGUUGUUUUUACAGCAGGAACACGUUGAUAUAGACACUCAGCAUUCUUUCGUAGAUGGUUAAACUAUCACUGCAUUGUCACAACACUUUUGUCUACUUGUUCAUUUUAUUGAAAACAGCUGCUUUGAAAACUUUCCUGCAACCUUGGUGCCAAAACUGGUUUAUAGCAACAUCCUGGACUUUUUAAUGCUAUUUUGUUACACUGGGGAUAAAGGAGCGUCUCCUAUGCUACACACCAUGAAGUUUAAAGUCAUGUAAAACAGGCCACCUUCUAAAGGUCGACGCUGCGUUCACAUCUGGACCGGCACAAUGUGUUCUUGUUAAAAAAAGAAAGUGAUGAAAGUAUGAAAUUAUUUUUGUUGUAUUAUUCAACAUAACCCUAGGAUUGAUCACAAUGUGGCCAGAGGUAGCUUCCAUCACCACUAACUCCAUUUCAAGUAAAUAUUCUAUCUGCUGAUGUUUGUUGUAUGAAUAAGUCUCAGACUGUUUAUCUUCUUUUUAAAGCUUCAGUUUCCCUUCAGCAGUAAAAUGACAAAAUGUGAGAAAUGUUCAUAAUCAUCGUAUUAUGAAGACGAGUGUAAGUGAAAGCUUUAAAGAUGAUGUGUGAGACAAAAUAGAAACUUUCAGUUCUAAGUGCUGUCGCUCUCACUGAACUACAGGCUGCCUCCUGAACGAAGACGCCCACACAUUUUUAUGGGUAUAAAUGAAUGGAAAUGUGCAUUCUACAGGGUUCUGCAGUGAAGCGAAUGAGAUGGAAAAAACUUGGUUGUGCUUUGAGAUUGCAGUUUUUUCCAGACAACAGAGAGCUCUUUGGAAAUGAAAGCAAUAAAACACAUAUUCA